GACUUGAUUUAGUUGCACCAUGGGGUUUAGUGCAAAAAUUGGUUAAAAAUAAAUUCAAACAAAGUCUCUUACCAUUUGUAGUAAAUUUGCAACCUGAUAGGCAUGACAAUGAAGAAAACAUAAACUCUUUAAUUCAAAAAAAGCUCUAUGAUUUAGAAAAAAGAGCUAGUCGUUUAGAAAAACUUAAUCUAUUUUAUGAAGAAUAUGUUUUCGGUGCUUCAUUAUUAGAUUUUGUUAAAGUGGAUUCCCCUCGUAUUUAUAAAAAUGAGGGUGAUAUCUCUUUGAUCUUAAAUAAUAACGAAAAUAGCAAUAUUGAUGAAAAUAAGUAA